CUUGUAAAUGUCGUAUGAUCUGUUUGUGGUUGUUUCACUCUGUGUCCAAGAUCUUCAUGUGAAAAAAUGCUAGUAAAUAUUAUUAAAACGCUCCCACGGGAUUGCAGGAUAAUCACACGGCACAUAAAAUCCUUACUAGAAUUGAGGACGUUAGAAAAGAAUGGAGCCUCUGUCGGAAAAGUGUUUGACGAGCGUGCAAAAAAGAACCCUGGUAAACCUGCAAUUCUUUUCAAGGAUGAAGUUUGGACAUUUCAGCAGGUACUUGAAACGAGCAAUAAAAUCGGGAAUAUGAUGGCAGAUCUUGGGAUGAAAAAAGGAGACAAAGUAUCAUUAUUCAUGGAGAAUGAUCCUCGUUACAUAUGCACAUGGCUUGGCUUAUGCAAGAUCGGAGUUGUAACUGCCUUGGUCAACUUUAACCUGCGUUCAAUGCCUUUGAAAUAUUCAUUUGAGCUGGCGGAUGCAAAGGCAAUAAUUUGUGGUUAUGAGCUGACAGAAGCAUUAACGGAGGCGUAUAAGGACAAGCUUCCAAAUGUCCCUAUUUUUGUAUCUGGAAGUAAUAUAGAGCAAAAUGUUCUAAAAUCUGGAAUUUAUCUUGACAAGGAAAUCCUCACUCAUGCCUCUUCAACUCCAAAAGAACAAGAAAAUACUGGUUUUCUUGACGAAUUGUUUUAUUUAUUCACAUCGGGCACAAGCGGUUUAAACAAGGCAGCUGUCAUAAAACAUUGCAGAUUUCUGAUGGCUGGCGUGGCUGGCAGAAUUGCAAACAAGAUGCAACCAGAUGACAUCGUUUACGCAACAUUACCUCUUUAUCAUACAAAUUCGGGAAUUGUAGGCGUAUCACAGACAUUUGUAAACGGCUAUACGCUCGCUCUAAGGGACAAAUUUUCAGCCAAAAAUUUCUGGAAAGAUUGUAUAAAAUACAAUGUCACAAUAGCACAGUAUAUGGGUGAAACAGCUAGAUAUCUUUUGCGGCAGCCUGUCACGCCGGAAGAAAAACAACACAAAGUCCGCUUAAUGUUGGGCAAUGGGUUGAGGCGAGAAAUAUGGGAGGAAUUUGUGGAACGAUUCGGUAUCAAAGACAUCUCAGAGCUGUAUGGCUCAACAGAAGGCAACGUGAGUACAGUGAACUAUGAACAUAAGGUCGGUGCCUGCGGAUUCAUCCCAAUCUUAUUCAAGAAUCUAUUCCCAAUGACCAUUGUCAAGUUGGAUAGUAAUUAUGAACCAAUACGAGAUCCAAAGACUGGAUUUCUAGUACAGUGUGGACCCUAUGAGAUGGGAGAACUGGUCGGCAAAAUCCAGAAAGAUCAUGCAUUCCGAGAUUUUAAGGGAUAUGCCUCUGAUAAAGCAGCAAAUUCAAAGAAAAUUCUAUCCGACGUAUUUAAGAAAGGCGACUCGGUAUUCAGAACAGGCGACUUGUUCAUGAAGGAUGAACUUGGAUAUCUCUACUUCAAGGACAGAUUAGGCGAUUCCUUCCGAUGGAAAGGAGAAAACGUGUCCACAACUGAGGUGGAAUAUAUUAUUAGCAAUCUCACAGACAAGCUGGAUGUGGUAGUCUUCCCUGUUGAAGUUCCCAAUGCGGAUGGAAAAUGUGGCAUGGCUGCGAUAGCAGAUGAAAACAAUAACUUGAAUUUGGAUGAAUUAAGUUCAAAAAUUAAAAAGACGCUGCCAUCUUAUGCGAUCCCACUUUUCUUGAGAAUUGUGCCCAGCAUUGAAAUAACUGGCACACAUAAAAUGAAGAAAACCGAGCUACAAAAGGAAGGAUUUGGUGUCAAAAGUGACAAAAAUGUUUACUUCUGGUCGAAUGAAGAAGGGAAAUAUGUUCCCUUUACGAACGACUUGUAUGAAAAAAUUGUAGCGGGUAAUAUCAAACUCUGACGUUUCAGCCAAUUUAUGCAUGUACAACAUAUUUAUUGCAAUAAAAUAAAAACAGUUAAUGUGAAAGGUGAA